GAGGUUUUUACAGGAGGUUCGGUUCGAGCGCUGCGGAGCGGGAGAGGGAUUGGCGGGAGGACCCGGCUCGUCGCCUCUUGCUGGACGCCUUUUCUUUACUUGAGUGACUUUAUCCUCACUUCGUGAAACUUUGGAGCUCUGCUGUGUGUGUGUUUUAAUUGUUCUUCGUUGAGUCUCCAGAUUGAAAAUAGAAAGGAGGCGCUAAUGCUGUGAUUGGGCUGGCUGCUGCGUUUGGAGUUUUUGAGCUGAAAUGAUUUAUGUGACUUGUAUUUAGAAUUUGGGGUCUCCCGCACUCCCUCCCCACCCUUUUGCGAUUGUUUGGGAUUGCUUUUCUUUUGCGAAGUGAGUUCCGUUUUUCUCAUUUGAAGACAUUUUCUUUCGGCCCUGGAGAACUGGCAGUGCUACAGAUUUCAUUAUGCUCGUGCUUUAUUUUGUUCUCACCAACCAACACUAGGUGAAAUCGAAGACAUCAAGAGAGAAUUUGGGAAAGUGACAAACAAAAUACCAUUUCUGAAAGAAGGCUUUGGGUGACAGAAGUUCUGGAUCACAGGGCAAACCAAUCCCAUCACCAUGAGUUGGAGCUUCCUGACUCGGCUGCUAGAGGAGAUCCACAACCAUUCAACAUUUGUAGGGAAGAUCUGGCUCACUGUGCUGAUUGUCUUUCGAAUUGUCCUGACUGCUGUGGGAGGAGAGUCCAUCUACUACGAUGAACAAAGCAAGUUUGUGUGCAACACAGAGCAGCCGGGCUGUGAGAAUGUCUGCUAUGACGCCUUCGCACCGCUCUCCCACGUGCGCUUCUGGGUGUUCCAGAUCAUCCUGGUUGCAACUCCCUCUGUGAUGUACCUGGGAUAUGCUAUUCAUAAGAUUGCCAAAAUGGAGCAUGGUGAGGCAGACAAGAAGGCAGCUCGGAGCAAACCCUAUGCCAUGCGUUGGAAGCAACACCGGGCUCUGGAAGAAACGGAAGAGGACCAUGAAGAGGAUCCUAUGAUGUACCCAGAAAUGGAGUUAGAAAGUGAGAAAGAAAAUAAAGAGCAGAGCCAACCAAAACCUAAGCAUGAUGGCCGACGUCGAAUUCGGGAGGAUGGGCUCAUGAAAAUCUAUGUGUUGCAGCUGCUGGCCAGGACUGUGUUUGAGGUGGGCUUUCUGAUAGGACAGUAUUUCCUGUAUGGUUUUCAAGUCCACCCAUUUUAUGUGUGCAGCAGACUUCCUUGUCCUCACAAGAUAGACUGCUUUAUUUCUAGACCCACUGAAAAGACGAUCUUCCUCCUGAUAAUGUAUGGUGUUACAGGCCUCUGCCUACUACUUAACAUUUGGGAGAUGCUUCAUUUAGGGUUUGGGACCAUUCGAGACUCACUAAACAGUAAAAGAAGGGAGCUUGACGAUCCGGGUGCUUAUAAUUAUCCUUUCACUUGGAAUACACCAUCUGCUCCCCCUGGCUAUAACAUUGCUGUCAAACCAGAUCAAAUCCAGUACACUGAGUUGUCCAAUGCUAAGAUUGCCUACAAGCAAAACAAAGCCAAUAUCGCCCAGGAACAGCAGUACGGCAGCCAUGAGGAGCACCUCCCGGCUGAUCUGGAGACUCUGCAGCGGGAGAUCAGGAUGGCUCAGGAACGCUUGGAUCUAGCAAUCCAGGCCUACCAUCACCAAAACAACCCCCAUGGUCCUCGGGAAAAGAAGGCCAAAGUGGGGUCCAAAUCUGGGUCCAACAAAAGCAGUAUUAGUAGCAAAUCAGGGGAUGGGAAGACCUCCGUCUGGAUUUAAUCUUGGUUGGGCUUAAAACUUGGGUUUUCAUAGUUUAUGGUAAGCAGCGACUCGCUGAAUAAUGACUUCCAUUGAGUAAACAUUUGGCUCUGGUUAUCUUCAGGGAUGCUGUUGGCUCAUGAUCCAAACUCAGGGGACUCUGAAGGUGGAGCUGUGAUGAGUGGGGAGAGGGAAACACAGUGUUCCAGGCACAUGUUCUCAGCAGUGAUAUAGUUGCAGAACCUUACGUCGUGUCUUCCAGAUCCAGAGAGGAACAGAUAUAUUUAAAUCAUUCUGUUGAACAGUUUUUGUAUGUACAGUAUUAUGGUACUUUUUUUAGUAUGAUAACAUUUUUUGUAUUUGUACAUUGGACUGCUGUAGUUAUACUUUUUUUAUAUUAAAGGGAAAAAUCCUUGUAAAUAAUGCCUGUUAAAAGCUAGUGUUAUUACUUUGUUUAGCAAAUGUUACCUUGUGAUUAGAGUUGUAGAUGCUACACUUAAUAAAAGUGCCUCUUGUGUUUCGGGAAA